ACGCCACUCUUACAACACAGUCAAAUCCCAGGCAUUGACAAAGCAGUUCGUUGCAUAUUACGGAGUCAGAGCUCUUACUGGCUGGCUGAUUUAAGAUUUGAAACAAUGGCGAUACGUGUAGUUCUUCUUUUGAGUUUACUUGUCUAUGCACAAUGCAAAAUUUUAGAGUUAACAUGCGAUCAUGUUCGCGAGUUCGUCGAUGGGCACAAUUCGCGCAGACUGGCACUAGCAAAAGGUGAGGUACCAGCACAACCCGCUGCUUCUACAAUGAACCUCAUGGUGUGGGAUGAUGAGCUAGCAGCAAAAGCGACCAAAUGGGCAUCUCAAAACUCAUUUGCUCAUAAUUCAGAUAAAAAAAUCGGUUCUGGUAGAUUCACAACCGGCGAGAAUAUCUUUAUGUUCUCUACUACCAGUCACGCUGUUAAGUUGAAUGUAGAGAGCGUCCUGAACGGUUGGUUCAAUGAAUACGAACACUAUACCUAUGGACGGUUAUUGAAAGACAAAAAGCCUGAUAAAGUCCAAACGGGUCACUAUACACAGAUGGUUUGGUCCAACUCCACUUACCUCGGCUGCGGAGUUUCACUGUUCUCUAAAUCAGGAUGGAUGAGUUACAUCGUUGUUUGCAAUUAUGGACCAGCGGGUAAUAUAAUUGGUAGUGUUCCAUACAAAAGUGGAAAGCCAAGCAGUUCUCUCAAGUGCGCGAUGAAGGACUGCAGUUCGGUUUAUGGUGAUAAGUGUUCAUUCAAAAACUGAAUAAUGUAAAUCUUUCAUUCUCUUUGAACUUCAAAAGCAAAUAAUGACGAUUUCAUUUAAUUUUAUUGGAUAGUUUUAAAUAAAUAACUAAAAUAGGUACUUAUAGCCCUUAUCAACCUAUUAAAUUGAUUAAGGAUUAUAUUUGAACAAAGUUGAUUUGUAUUAAUUUAUAUAGUUAAUUUUGUACAUAGGUAAAAUUAUACAUUACGGAAUUGUAUUUUAAUAUAAUAUGGGUUAUACCCAAAAACAAUACGAGUAUACUUAAGUACUUGCAUAGUAUUGUUAAUUUCCAUAAUUUCAUAAUAUGUAAAUUACUUAAAUAAAAGUUU